AUGGAAUAUUCUUGGCAUAUGGAGGACGAGAAUAGAGAAACUACACGGCCUAGGCCAUCGGGAAGAAAUCAAGGUCCAGGUCUGAUAGACGAGUUGGAGGCUUACAUGGCGCCGGUUAGCGAAAACUGCUACGCGCCGCAGCCUCUGGAUGCACGCCGAAUCGGCGGGCACCAAUUGCCUGAUAGUCCACCAGACUCGGGUUCAGAGAACCCCUAUAGUCCAGACACACAUGUCUCACAUAGUAUUGCGGUCUCCCAGACGAUACUGGCUCCAGAUUAUAUGCUACUGCCUGAGCAUCUUAACAUUCAUGAGGUCCUCCAAAACGAAGAGUACAUAUACGAUGAAAUAAAAGACAAUAUAGAGCAGGAUGUUCUAAGAAAUGAUGUAGUUGUGAUGCAGGAGUCAGACUUAGGCCUGAGAAGCGUCAGACAUGAGCUUGGAUUGGAGCCGGUGUAUCAGAACAGGUACAGCCAAAUGCGAGUAGACAUGCCGGAUAUAGAACCGGGUCUGAUGACGACACAGCUCGUGUCAUUAGGCCAUGAAGUCACACCAGUGUACACCAACCUGCAAGAACCGAAGAAGAGGAAACUUUCGCAGGAUGUUAAAUGUGAACCAGCGGCCCUCUCCCCGGAAAACAUAGUCCGUCCCCCACCUUCAGUAGACGGUUCAGAGGCUGGUGAUGAUGUUCCACAGCAGAGUAUACGCUUCAGCCACUUCCAACAGGCCUCGUGGCACGCUCUGUUUGAUAGUAAUUUGAAGCCAAUCUUGCCCCCGUCCUACAUAGUGGGUGCCGACAAAGGCUUUAACUAUUCCCAAAUAGACGAAGCCUUCGUCUGCCAGAAGAAGAACCACUUCCAGGUCACAUGCCAGAUGCAAGUGUCAGGCGACCCGCAGUAUACGAAGACUGUGGACGGAUAUAAGAAGAUUAACAGCUUUUGUUUACAUUUUUAUGGAGUCAAGGCUGAAGAUCCAAGUCAAGAAGUGCGGAUAGAACAGAGUCAAUCCGACAGAACAAAGAAGCCAUUUCAUCCCGUCCCUGUGGAACUCCGUCGUGAAGGCUCUAAAAUAACUGUUGGUCGACUGCAUUUUGCGGAAACGACGAACAACAAUAUGCGGAAGAAGGGUCGUCCCAACCCUGACCAGAGGCACUUCCAGCUGGUUGUAGCCCUCAAGGCUCACACGGCUACCAGUGAAUAUAUUGUGGCUGCUCAUGCGAGUGACAGGAUUAUUGUACGGGCAUCAAAUCCCGGCCAAUUCGAGUCUGACUGUUCAGAGAAUUGGUGGCAGCGAGGAGUGUCGGAGAACAGCGUGCAUUUCAACGGACGAGUUGGGAUUAACACGGACAGACCGGACGAGAGCUGUGUUAUUAAUGGUAACCUGAAAGUGAUGGGUCAUAUAGUGCAUCCGUCAGACGCACGCGCAAAGCAUGAUAUUGUGGAAUUGGACACUGCGCAACAGUUGAAGAAUGUUGCGAACAUACGCGUUGUUAAAUUCAACUACGACCCAUCGUUCGCGGAACAUUCGGGCCUAGUGGGCUGGGACCCACGGACCACUUCGCGUGACACGGGUGUACUGGCACAGGAAGUUAGGAAAGUGUUACCCGACGCCGUAAAAGAGGCCGGCGAUGUCACAUUACCCAACGGAGAUACGAUUCCCAAGUUUUUGGUUGUUAACAAGGAUCGUAUCUUCAUGGAGAACUUAGGUGCUGUCAAGGAGCUGUGCAAGGUGACGGGGCACCUGGAGUCACGGAUAGAUCAGCUCGAGAAGAUGAACAGACGACUCUGCAAGAUUGGACUGCAGCGGAGAGACAGUGCGAGGUCCAGUGCUAGUAACGACUCCCGUUUCUCAGGACUCUCGGCAUCCUCGAAGUCAUUCUACAGCGAUGGCAAUAUUUCCAUAGACCAAAUACGUGAUAUCGCGCGUUCAAUACGCCGACACGAGGGUUGCCAUAAACUCAGUCACAACUCCCCGAAAUACACCCGAAAACAGUGCAAAAAUUGUCAAGUUUACUCGAAAUAUGGAAAAUAUUAUAACUAUAAUAAAACAUGUGUUAGAUAUCAUUCGAAAUCGGAGAAAUCUGAAAAUUUGGACAGCAAUUAUCCUACGUACGUAAGUACGUUGGAAACUCCACAAAAAAUGCCAGACGAAAUAAGUACGAGGAAGGAGUCGUGUCUAUGGAUGAGAGAUGUUGCUUAUGGCAACAUGUGUUGCGGAAAAAAGUAUGGAUAUGAUGGCAAUGAACUGAUUUCGAAUAAACUGUUACAAAUUGUAAUAACUAUAUUGGUGUUUAUUAUGGCUGUGUGUCUCGUCGUAAUGUCAGCUCUAUACUUCCGGGAGCACCAAGAACUAUUGUCUAUGAAGGAGAUACGGAUGCACGAGAAAUUUUCAAACUACCCACAUUAUGGAAAGUUUAAUUUAAACAAUGCGCCCGUACAUAGAGCAACGCCGCCUGAUCAAAACCAAAUACAGAAUUCAAAACCUCAACAUGCAGCUACGAAGAAAACAGCGAAAGAGAAAGGUCCUCACAAGAACCCGGAGUUUACAUCAAUAGAUCCGCCACUCCCGACUUUGACCACGCUUCAUGCAUCUAGGAACUACGUUAAAAAUGUCUUACACAUGGAACAAACUUCGACGACCCCUCGUUGGGAGGGACCAAUUUCCAUCAGUCGCAUCGCAGACGUCAUUGGAGGAGGAUGUGCUUUCACUAUCAACACGGACAACGAGUUGGAUGCGGAGUGUCAGUCGUCGUGCCUAGACGCCCCACAGACCUAUGAAAGUCAGGAACCUUUGGAGCGCGGAAAACCCGACAAAGUGCUCAAUGAAACCUACUCUAGACCACUAGAGCCUAUUAUCAAAGAGAAAAUUAUUACACCAGUCAUUGCUGAUAAAAACACAUCGGAGAUAAAAGAGGAGAUGAAGAAACAUUUAAAAGAAGAAAUUAUAGCGGAGUCGAACUUCCUAGACGCCAAGAAUAUUAGUGAGGGAAGAAUGAAGAGGGAAGUCGAAGUGGGGGAGGAGGGAGAAGGGAUUUUGAAGAGCAGUUCGGAGGAGAUGAUAUUAAGUCAAUCGGACGAGAUUGGACGAGAAUGCGACACGAUUUCAGUGGGAAUAAGCAGUAAAUCGAUUUCAAAUAUAACCGUAUUCACUGAGUCAGUUUGCGCACGCGCACCACACAACUAUACAUACUCUAUCCCGCUCUCUCAUUGUUUGCAUCAUAAGCACGUGGAUAUAUUAUUCAGAUCGUCAAAACUCCGCGAUCUCCGUCUAUGCGAUCUCCAAUGCAAAUACGACACGAACAAGAACUGUCAACUUAACAAAGACAUAGCGAAGCCUCUUCCGAGCAUGGAUGUGUGGUCUUCGAAGCUCACACUCGAGUGUAACAUGGACCGGACGUUGAAGCUACGAGGCAGUUUUGUCCCUAUCAAGGAAUUAUGCUACUUGAAUGCAGAGAGCAAAAUACAGUUCGUCGAAUUCAAUAUACACAUCUACAGAGAUUGCCAUAAUUAA